UCUCUGUCUGUUUAAAACAUUUAUCUCCUCGGCAGCUCAGAGCCCGCAGAGGAGAGUACACUGUCCUUACAGCUGGUUUGUUGGGAGAGGGAGGAAAUAACUUGGCAUUGCAACAGACAGACAGACAGACAGACAGACAGAUAACCUGCAGCACGUUGUUUAACACACAGACUCUUGUUCUGCUAUGGAGCGCUGGGUUCUCCUCUCUCUGUCUCUCCUGGCCUACCUGUAUCUGGAGGUGGUUGGAGCUGAGGCCCAGGACCAAAGAGGGCUGGCUGGCCAGGGCAAUGGGAGGAGGAGAGGGCCAGGGAGCGCAGAGCACAACCAGCCCCAGGGAGUAGGACUAGGACGGGGAAAGAGGAGGAAGGCAGGAGGGUCCGGGAAAGGUAGAGCCAGGGGGAACAGGGACAAUCAGAGAUCAAAACCCCCCCUGGAUCUGACGAGGCUGGGGAGUCUUCCACACAACGCAGGAGGAGACGGAGGGUCGAGGCUGGGGAUUCUUCCACACAACGCAGGAGGAGACGGAGGGUCGAGGCUGGGGAUUCUUCCACACAACGCAGGAGGAGACGGAGGGUCGAGGCUGGGGAUUCUUCCACACAACGCAGGAGGAGACGGAGGGUCGAGGCUGGGGAUUCUUCCACACAACGCAGGAGGAGACGGAGGGUCGAGGCUGGGGAGUCUUCCAGCCAACGCAGGAGGAGACGGAGGGUCGAGGCUGGGGAGUCUUCCACACAACGCAGGAGGAGACAGAGGGCCUCUUUUCAUUGAGUCGUACAAGAGUGUUGACGAGAGACAGUCAAACUACAAUGUUAUCCCAGGUAAAAAGGGCCAGUGUGUGUUCCAGGGAAUCACCAUGUUUGACAAAGCUGUCUGGUCCCCCAAGCAGUGUGUCACCUGUCUGUGUAGUGGAGGGGAGGUGGUCUGUGACGAGAUCGUUUGUCCCCACCUACGGUGUCACUACCCCUACACUCCCACUGGGGACUGCUGCCCUGUCUGCAUGGAUACAGUUCCCAACGACCCAAGCGACCAUGUGAACCCUGACCUGGACCCCGCCGUGCCCCGCUCCCAGGCCGAGAUUGAACUCCUCUUGAAGAGAGAGGAGGAGGAGCACAGGGAGGAGGAGGCACGUCUUCUCAAGAAGGACGCCGAGAAAAAGAGGAGGAAGAAACAGAAGAAGGAGGAGGCUGAGAGACAGAGGAGUCUGCAGGAGGAGAGGAGGCGCGAGGAAGAGCGGCUGCAGAUGGAGAAGGAGGAGGCAGAGAAGAGGCAGGAGGAGGCAGAGGAGGCCAUGAAGGAGCAGGAAAAGAAGCUGGAGGAGGAGAGGAGGAGACACGAGGAGGACCUGAAGGAGAAACUCAGGGAGCUAGAGGAGGAAGAAGAGGAGAGGGAGCAGGAGGAGGAAGAAGAGGAGAGGGAGCAGGAAGAGGAAGACGUGGAGUGGCUGUUGAGAGGAGAUGUUUUCCAGAUUUUUCCAGAGGAGCCGACAGAAGGAGAGGAGUGGGGAGUGGUGGUACGCAGACCUGGGAACACCCUCCCGCUAGGUUGUGAUAUCUCUGAUGUCAUCGUGACGUGCGAGAACGCUCAGCUGACCAACUUCCCUCCCCUGAACAUCCCUGAACUCAAGUCUCUGAGCCUGGAGGGUAAUGCCAUCACAACCAUCCCAGUGGGGGCGUUUAAUGGCAUCCCCAACCUGGAGUGGAUUAACCUGAGCAAGAACAAGUUGGUGACAUCUGGUAUUGCCCCACGUGCCUUCAAAGGCCUGAAGUUCCUGAGCCGUUUGUUCCUGGACAACAACCUUCUAGAAACGGUUCCAACAGAUCUCCCGUCAGCACUACAGGAACUCAAGAUCAAUGAGAACCACCUCAAAGGCAUCGAGGAGAACAGCUUCCAAGGUCUGAGUAGCCUGUUGAUCUUGGAGUUGGAGGGAAAUGUCCUGAACGAAGGGAACGUGGAUCAUCAAGCUUUCAGUCCCCUCUCUCAGCUCUCCUACCUCCGUCUGGGCAGAAACCACUUCAGGACCGUACCCCAGGGCCUGCCUCCAUCUCUACUGGAGGUUUAUCUUGAGAACAACCUGAUAGAAGAGAUAUCGGACUGCGUGUUCAACCAAACCACUAACCUGAACGUGAUCUCACUGAGACACAACAGGCUGGAGGAGUCCAGGAUAGCAUCUCUAGCAUGGAUCAAUCACAAGAACCUGGAGUCCAUCGAUCUAUCCUACAACCGUCUGUACCUGGUCCCUUCCUACCUGCCCAGAGCUCUGGUUCACCUGGUCUUAGUAGGGAAUCAGAUCGAGAGGAUCCCAGGGUUUGUGUUUGCCCACAUGGUCCCGGGGAUAGAGUACCUGUACCUGUCCCACAACAAGCUGGAUGGGGAGGGAGUGGAGCCACAGUCCUUCUUCGGUACUCACACGUCCAUGACAGAGCUGUGUUUAGACCACAACCAGUUGAUUACUGUUCCUUGUGGUAUCAACCAGAUGAGCUCUCUGCACUUCCUCCAUCUCAAUAACAACAAAAUCAGGACCUUCGCUGAGGAUGCUAUCUGCGACCCUGAGAACAACGAGGACUCCCACAUCGUGAUGCUGCGUCUGGAGAACAACCUCAUCGACCCCAGGAAGAUCUCCCCUACUGCCUUCUCCUGCGUACGCUCAUACUCCAGCGUCGUCUUGAAACCUCAGCGGACCAAGUAACAGGAUUUGGAAAAAAACUGUGGCAGAAUUGUCAAAACAGACCCCCCUUUUCUUCCUAGGCACUCCUGUAGAUCUGAAAGGCUGGGAUAGGUGGAAACAAUAUGGAGGACAUUUCCACACAGCCAAUCACAAGGCAAGAGGAAGCAAUCAUCCUUAUCCUCUCAGAUCAACAGAGUCUGGAAUUCAGCCGCUGUUAUUUUAUCAAAAAUCCAAAACCAAAGAAAAUGUCAGUAAAUCACCAUUGCCAAACUCCAACUGUAUCUCAUUGUUAGAGUCAUGCAACACAAUUCAUAUCAACGACUAGAGGAGAGAGAGAUAGAGAGAGACAGAGACAGAGAGCGAAAGAGAGAGAGAGAGUGAAAGAGAGAGAGAGAAACAGAGAGAGAGAGACAAAGACAGAGAGAGAGAGAGAGAGAGAGAGAGAGAGA